GGCGCGGCGGAGCCAGCCGGGGCGGGGGCGCGGCGCACCUUGCUCCCGGCGCCCGCGCCCCGCGCCGCCGCCAGCCCCUCCCUGCGCUCCCGGCGCCCCCGCCCGCUAGAGACGAUUCCAGCCCCUUCCGUCCGCCGCGCUCCGCCGCUGUCCUCCGCCGGCCCGCGUGGGAGGACGAUGGGUCAGCGCGGAAAAAGUGAAUGAGGGCGGCAGCGGUGGCGGCGGUAGCCAGCGCCUGAGUCGGCGGGCCCCGAGCACCGCCCGCGCCCCGGCCCCAGGCACCAUGGACGCGCCGCGCGCCUCGGCGGUCAAGCCCCCGACCGGGAGGAAGAUGAAGGCUCGUGCUCCCCCACCUCCUGGAAAGGCUGCCACUCUGCACGUGCACAGUGACCAGAAGCCCCCCCACGACGGGGCCCUCGGGUCGCAGCAGAACUUGGUUCGCAUGAAGGAGGCGCUGAGGGCCAGCACCAUGGACGUCACCGUGGUCCUGCCCAGCGGGCUGGAGAAGAGGAGCGUGCUCAACGGGAGCCAUGCGAUGAUGGACCUACUGGUUGAACUUUGCCUUCAGAACCACCUGAAUCCAUCCCACCACGCCCUUGAAAUUCGGUCUUCAGAAACCCAACAACCUUUGAGUUUUAAGCCAAAUACUUUGAUUGGGACCCUGAAUGUGCAUACUGUGUUUCUGAAAGAAAAAGUUCCUGAAGAGAAGGUUAAGCCUGGUCCCCCUAAGGUGCCUGAGAAAUCUGUGCGUUUGGUCGUGAAUUACCUGCGGACACAAAAAGCUGUUGUGCGUGUGAGCCCUGAGGUUCCUCUCCAGAAUAUUCUCCCAGUCAUUUGUGCAAAGUGUGAGGUCAGCCCAGAGCACGUGGUUCUCCUCAGGGACAACAUUGCCGGAGAGGAGCUGGAGCUGUCCAAGUCCCUGAAUGAGCUCGGGAUAAAGGAGCUCUACGCGUGGGACAACAGAAGAGAAACCUUUAGGAAAUCAUCACUUGGCAAUGAUGACGCAGAUAAAGAGAAGAAAAAAUUUCUGGGAUUUUUCAAAGUUAAUAAAAGAAGCAAUAGUAAGGGCUGUUUAACGACCCCCAACUCCCCAUCCAUGCACUCACGUUCUCUUACGCUGGGUCCAUCCCUCUCGCUGGGCAGCAUCUCAGGGGUGUCCGUGAAGUCGGAGAUGAAGAAGCGCCGAGCCCCUCCUCCUCCAGGUUCAGGGCCACCUGUGCAAGACAAGCCAUCGGAAAAGGUAUCUCUUGGGUCACAGAUUGAUUUACAGAAGAAGAAGCGGCGAGCGCCAGCUCCCCCUCCACCACAGCCACCACCACCGAGUCCCCUGAUCCCCAACCGCACUGAGGAUAAGGAGGAGAACAGGAAGAGCACAAUGGUUUAUUGCUGUGCGUCAUUCCCUACUCAGGCCAAGCGCUUCUGAUGGACGGGCCUCUUCCUGACCUUGGACCUUUCCCAGUGUCUCUUCUGCCCUGGCUCUGAUUUUCCUGUUGUUCUUCCUCCUUUCAGGAUAAAAGGGCUCAUUGUAUACCCAGAAUUUACUUCCUUUGGGGUUUACAUAUAAAUGCAUUAAUAACAGAGAUUUGUUUGAUUGAGGUUUAUAUUUUUUUGAAGGAGGUAAAUUAUAUGCAAAUUUUAGGUUGAUAAUAUUCACCUGUCUGAAAUUCACUGAUACUUGGAAAUGUUCCUAUGAAGAACUCUGCUUUAUUUUAAUUCAUUAUUAAUUCGUGUUUUUCUUAUUGGAUAUUCGGUUCCAGAAUUUAUUGCCCAUUUUUCUUAAAACUAGAUUGUAUCCAUAAAUUGACCAGUAUAGUCAAUUUGGAUAGAACUGAAACUUUCUGUCUACCUGGUAAAACUAAGUGCCUAAAAAUAUGAACUAUAAAUAUAGUUACUAGGAACUCACAACUUAUAUAUACUAUCCAUUCAAUGAUACAUAGGACCCAAUGUCUUUGUGUUUUUGAGGUUUUCCUGUUACUGUGUACUUCGCCAUUUUACAUAGUUCACUAAGAAGAAAGAAGGGGGAGAAGAAGGGUGUUCUAUUCAUUAUUCUAUAUUAUGAUUCUCUUAAUUAUUCUGUUCUCUUCAUUAUUCUAUUCAUUUCUUCACCCAUUCACUAAACAGUGACACAGUACUUACUUGAUGCUAGGUAUUACACCAGUUUUGUGGGCUAUAAGAGUGAAUAACAAGCAUGUGACCUCUGGCCUUGGAUUUUACUACCUGUGGCUCCCCAGGCACAUGAAAAGAAGUAAAGAUGGUUCCAUUUGAUAAGUACUAGUCCGAAGGGUUGUACAUGUGAUAAAGAUGCCAGAGGUUGUGACCACCAUUGUCUGUGCAGAGGUGCUGCUGGCUCCCCUUUGAGUGUGAGAUCCCUCUGCAGUCACACAAACUCACCCAGUUACGAAGAGCUAGUCACCUCAACUGCAUUGUCCCAAGACAGGCAGAGUAGGUAAAAAUAGUCAUAUGUUAAAAUUCAAGGUUUAGAUAAAAAGACAACUAGUUCUUGCUUGCUUUGAUUAACUUUUAUUAUGCAGAUGCAUUUGAACUGGAGAAGCUUGUCAUGUUUCUCUCUAAAAGAUGUUUUUAAAUGUUAUUGCUCAAAAUGGAAAAAAAAAAAAGAAUCAGUAAGUGUUCCUGACAUGUAGGAUUGUUGCCUGGCUGAUCACAAUGAAAAUGUUAGCUAUGACUAAUGAAGGAAUUAUCACAGCUUACAUUGGUAUUAAUAAUAAAUAUAAGGCAAAGCUAUAUGUAACCAAUUUAGUGCUAUGUAUUGGUGAAAAAAACAAAGUUACAGAAAUUACUCACAAUGAAACACAGAACAAGUUAGAAAGGGCCUUUUUUUUUUUUCAUUGAAAUAAAGGACUUUUGUCUGAUAAGUAGCAGUCAUUUGACCUCAAAUCAUUAAAUAGGGAAAGUCUAAACAAGAAAAGGUAAUGUUUACCUGAAUGUUGGGGAAAGCAUUAGGAUUUAUGGCCCAGACUUAAAGAUUGUAGAAGAUUGUAUAUUAUUACAGCAAUAAGUAUUUGUGUAAGAAGUAGCUAUUAUGCUGAUGAAAGAUGGGCACAGAAAAUCUCUAGGCAAAUCCUUGGAACAGGGGAAAGUGAUACUGCUCAUAGAAUUAUUGGUUCGAGAGGCAGCAAAUAUGAUGCAAUAAGUAUAUCAAACUCGAUUAAAAAUAGAGGACAGAGGUAUGUGGUGGGGGAAAACAAAUGCAAUAGGGCUAAGUCAGCUUACAGGGGGUGAAUAGAAUUUGAACAUGGCACCCCCAAUUUACUUGAUCAUAAAGUUAGCCAAAGACAUGAGUGGUCGAUCUUUGACAAUACUCUAGUGAUCUCCAUGAGAGAUGGCCUGAUAGAUGUUGGAUAGAAUGAAGGGCCAUUUGAUGAACAAGUUUUGUAGAUUUACAUGUGACUUGGCACUGUGCUGGCAUUAGAGCCUUCUAAGAAUCAGAUAAAUUAAUUAGGUGAAACAUUUUUUCCCAAAGCACUUGCAUUUCAGAAAGUUUCUCAUUUCUGACUCAGCUUAGAACCCAUCCCUUGUUACAGGUCAUUUCUCCUCCUUAUAAGCCAUGUCUGUUUCUUUUUUCCAUCAUGUCAUAUACCCUAUCCACAAAAGAUGGUAGCUCACGUUUUCUAACUAGAGACAUGCAGGCAAGUGAGAGCAUGAAGAAUCCCUUGGGAAUACCAAUUCUGCAGCAAAUGCUAAGGUAAAAGAAAAACUAUGCAUUAUUUUUCAACUAUAGUUGGCUUAAAUUCUUAGUUUCACCCUGGAGACCAUGUUGCCAGUGGACAAUUGAGCAUGCUGUGAUUUAUAAAAUGCAAGCUAGUUUAUAUGAUAAUGUUUGCCAUCUCACUUUACCAGUACUUUUGACCUUUUCAUAUGAUUCUAAAAUCACUUACUUGUAAAUAAAUACUCCUAGUUCUGUAGAUGAAACAAUUUGGAAAAAUCGUAACUGUUUACUCACUGACAUUUUAUUUUAGCACCCAUUAUAAUCAAUCACACAUCGCAUCUGUGUUUGUGAUGCUUAUCAACUGCUAAUUUUCACAGUUUCCAUGCUAAUUUGGAUCCAUAAAAUGAUACAGUUUGUUCACAGCUUCCAUAGCUCAUGUAAUGUAAUUCAAAACGUUUCCACGUGCAGACUAACAUUUCCCAUAACAAAACAAACUUUUCUACCAUAGGGAUAAGAGUACAUCUUCCAAAAAUUACAAGAGAAAGUGAGGGCCUUUCAAACAAGUAUUCAAGAUGUCUUGAGUCAUCAUAACCAAUUACAGAUUAUCCAGACCCAGAAAUUAAUCCACAUACAGAGCACUUGCUUCCUCUGGCUUCUCGGAAUUUUGUGUGUGUGUGUGUGUGUGUGUGUGUGUGUGUGUGUGUGUGUGUUUUAACUGUUUCAUCCUUCAUACCCAAGGAAUGUGGAGCAGGAGAAAAACCCAAAAUAGCUUUUGCACCUUAUUAGUCACCAUGGUAAAAUGACAACAAGCAAACUUCAAACACUUCAGUGAAGACAGAGGUUCAAGUAUUAAAUAAAAUGAGGCUCAGGAGUUAUCUGUAUAUUUUUGGUUUCUUUGCUUUAUUUGUCACCAAUAGCAACGCAUAAUUGGUAACCCUUUUGCCGAAUAACUCCCUUCGCUGGAAGUUUUGUGAUUUAAGUUUACUGUUACUUCUGUGUUGAUUUUACCCUUAAAGGCUUUAUAUUAUAACCCUUCUUUUUCCUUCUUAUUAAGAAAAUAACAAACUUUUAUUACGUGAACGAAGCUGCAUAAAAUAAGGCUCUGAGUAUAUUUUUCAGUAAAGGGAAAAAAGAAACCACCCCAAAAGAGAUUAGAUCUAUUGAGAUUAUUUAGACUGGACACACUGUUUCCUGGCUGAUAAAUCUGCUACAGGGCUUCAGGGCGGGAAGUGAGGAGAAAAAAUAACCAAAACAUAAAACCCAAACGCAAAUGGAAUAGUCAGUAUCUAUCAUACUUUCUUCUUUGGCCCAUAAGGGACAAGAUUUAAAGAGUGGAUGCAUCCUUUCCUUGUAUGUUUUGUGUGAAUAAGAAGUGGUACGGAGGAAUAUAAAGACAUCCUGAAUCACACAAAUCAUCAACCACAGGAUGGAAAUGGAUGGCAGAUUGCCAUGUCUAGCCCACACACGCAUCCUCUCUGCCAGGUAAAGUUGCCAAUAUUAAAAGUCAGAUUUGGCUUGAAAUUCUGGUUCUUCCUGGAAUGUGUAAAGAGCCUUCCCAAAGGGCUCACAUCCUUCAAGUAAGCCAUGAGCAUAGCUUGGCAGCAGGUGCUCCCUGAGCACAGGCCGGCACUUGCCAUGCACCGCGGAGCCCACCAGUCCCACAGCUAACACCCAGGCUAAGAAUCCAGUAUUUUCAGGCUCGUGUUUUUCCAACAAGAAAUUUAAAGGGAAAGUGAUUAUGUCCUAUAGUCAGGAGCCUGAGAGGACCAGAGAGGCAGAUGCAGCACAAACUUACAGAGUUGCUGUUCCAACAAGAGAAGUGUAGCUGGUGGUGGAAGUAAGCAUAUUUGUAUCUCUGGCCUGUUUCUGCCUCAUCCCUGCGCCCUUUGCUUGGCCCUUCUCUCUCAAUCAUUUCUCUCUCCUACCUGGUCUCUCAUAUGGGCAGACCCCGAAUCUGCACCCACAGUGGUGUAUUGGCAGAGCUGUGCAGGGAAUGCCCUGGAAGGCAAAUUACCUUUCAUGUCUGCUGGCUCCAUUCCGCCCCUUUACAUUGUCAUUGUCAUAUUAGUGAGGAUUGGGUGCGAUCAGGCCGAGGGCGACGUUUUGAUGAGCUGGAACUGUCACUCACUGCACAAGUGGCCUACAUUUGGAGUCUUCAGGCUCCAUAGCAGAAACCUUAGAUGUGAAGAGUGAGUUACUUAAGUUCAAUAAAUAUAAAAUAAUAGUAAAUGGUUAUAAAUUGAGACGUUUAGCAUCUAGUAGGAAAACUACAAGUCUCCAUUUAAUAUUGCAAAGUGAAGUGUAGGAAGAACAUUGAUGGGGAUUUCUGGGUUUUAUGCUAUUUUUUAUAUUUCACAGCUUUAUAGGAGUGUAAUUGACACACAAAAAACUGCAUAUGUACAAAGCAAGUAUAUAAUAUAAUCAGUUUUGACUCUUGUAUACACCAUGAAACCAUCACUCACCGAGUAAUAAACAUCCAUCACCUUCAAGUUUCCUUGCAUCCCUUAGUCAUCAUUUUUAAUCUGCGUAUGUGUAUGUAUAUGUGUAUAUGUACAUAAGACAUGCACACAACUAUAUAUAUUACUUUAUGACAGUACUGUACAUCGAAUGGGAAAGUUAGCAAAAUAGAGGUUUUAAUAACAAAUCCUAAAUUAAUUGAGAAGUAAAACUUCAUUCUAGCUAAUUGGGAAAUUGUUUAAAAGGAGAAUAUUAAGUGUUAAAAUUGAUGACCCUAAUGAUAAAGCAAGUAUUUGAUCUGAGGAGAAAGAAAGCUGGUCGCAGCAUUUUAAUAGUCAUCUGAAUGCAUCUUUUGUGAAGUGAAAAUGUGGGGAUGUGAGUGCACAUACAACCUUUGGAACUAUUUCUCCCCUAUCCAAGUUUUCAAGAGGAAACAAAGGUAAUUUCUCCGCUUAAUUUUCUUCUGCUAAAGAAGCAUGAGUGUGUUCCUUAAACCAUGUUUACCAAAAGUAGCUGAGAGGAGGUCAGCCCACCUCCUCUGCAGCUCAAGCCUGGCUUGAGAACCGCUGACCAGGAUUGCUGGCUGUAGUCAGGAGCCCAGCUGCCAGGCUGGGGCUAGGCAGCGGCAGGCACCAGGGCAGCGUCUGUCUUGGGCUCCACUGCAGUGGCCAGCUGUCCACUGACCCUCACUCCCUCUCUGCCAGGUUAGCAAGCAGUCGAAGGGGCUGCUUAUUUAAGAGACAAGAGCUUCUUGGAUGACUUUACCCGCACAUUUCAGCCACCAGGGGGAACCCUGAUUAUCCCAUUGAUAGACAGAGUUGAAGGGAAUGGAAAGAAACAUACAAGAAGUUAACAUUGGGGCUUUGCUGCAUUUAUGCCAAUAUUAUGUUGCAGCUAGUCACACAACAGUUUAGUGACUGUAAUGAUAGGAUUGAGUUCUCUCAUUUACAAAGAGGGGAAAGUGAGUCAAGAAGAGUCUAGUAACUUGCCUAAGAUCAUGCAGCUAAGAAGGGUCUGUGCUCAGAUGGCUGACUUCCCAUCCGCUGUUAUAGUGUGACUAGUGGUUCUAAAAAGGGAUGUGUGUGUAUGUGUAUACAUGCACACAUACAUGUGCAUACAUGCAUGUGCACCCAUGGUGCAUGCAUAUCUAGACUCAUGUACAUGUGCAUAGAUGUAUAUACAGUG